AUGGCAGUCUUGGUGGUGGUAAUAGUGGCUUGUUUGCUUGCUUUGGGGCUCUGCAUUGGCUUUGCUAUGUUGAAAUGGAAUGAGAUAAGGUAUAGUAGAAGAAAAGGGUUGCCUCCAGGGUCUAUGGGUUGUCCUGUUUUGGGUCAGACCACUGAGUUUCUCAAAUAUGGACCGAGUUUCAUGAAAAAGCAGAGAGCAAAGUAUGGAAGUGUAUUCAAGACUCACAUAUUGGGGUGUCCAACCGUUAUUUCCAUGGAUCCUGAGCUCAAUAAAUACAUCCUUAUGAAUGAAGGCAAAGGGCUGGUUCCCGGUUACCCUCAAUCCAUGCUUGAUAUACUAGGGAAAUGCAACAUAGCAGCCGUGCAUGGCGCUGCUCACAAGCGUAUCCGAGGCUCGUUGCUGUCUCUCAUAGGCCCUCUUGUGAUCAAGGAUGAACUCUUCCCAAAGAUUGACAAGUUCACAAGAUCUUUCCUUGAGAAUUGGCAUGGGAAAACCAUUGAUAUCCAGAAAACAACCAAUGAGAUGGCAUUGUGGGUAUCAUUCAAGCAAAUUUUUGUAAAGGAACCCACUUCAUUCUAUGAGAUUUUCAAACCAGAGUUUGAUAAGUUGUUAGUAGGAACACUUUCACUGCCUAUAAACAUUCCAAGGACAAACUACCAUCAUGGAUUCCAGGGGAGGAAAAGAAUUGUGAAGAUGUUGAAACAGAUUAUGGGACAAAGAAGAGCCUCUUCAACACCCUAUGAUGAUAUCCUUUGCCGCAUUCUUCAAAGCAAAGAUUCAAAGUACAUUCUCAGUGAUGAAGAGAUAAUUGAUCAGAUAAUCACUAUACUAUACUCCGGUUACGAGACUGUCUCGACGACUUCGAUGAUGGCCGUCAAGUAUCUCCAUGAUCAUCCUAAAGCUCUCGAAGAACUUAGGGAAGAACAUUUUGCUAUCCGAGAAAAGAAGAAACCAGGCGAGGCAAUCGAUUGGAAUGAUUACAAGUCUAUGAGUUUCACUCGUGCUGUGAUAUUUGAGACCUCAAGGUUGGCUACAGUUGUUAAUGGGGUAUUGAGGAAGACAUCAGAAGACACGGUGUUGAAUGGGUUUACCAUUCCCAAAGGAUGGAGAAUAUAUGUUUAUACAAGGGAAAUAAACUAUGACCCAUUCCUUUAUCCAGAGCCUUUUACCUUCAAUCCAUGGAGAUGGCUAGAUAAGAGCUUGGAGUCGCACAAUUACUGCUUCAUAUUUGGUGGAGGCGGCAGGCUAUGCCCUGGAAAGGAAUUAGGCAUUCUCCAAAUUUCUAUGUUCCUCCACUAUUUUGUUACCAGUUACAGGUGGGAGGAAGUUGGUAGAAAUGAAAUCCAUCAAUUCCCAAGAGUUGAAGCACCAAAGGGACUUCAUGUCAGCAUAUCAAACUACCAUGAAUGA